UGUUGGAUGGUUAUGUAUGAAGGAUUGUUUAUCAAGUUUCACAAAACGAAAUGCAAACAAAGAAUAUCGUUUCUUUGCUACGUGUUUCAUUUUCUUGGUGACGAGGAGUUUGGGUUUGAUGUUCAAGUGUUCUUAAACAUUUCUUGAUUGUAUUGGCUUCAAAUAAAGUAUCUGUUUUUUUCGCUUCGUCUACUUCAUCUUCUUUCUUUUCUCUUUUCCCUUUUCUCGAUGAGAUUGUAUUUUGGGAAAAAAUUGGUGGUGUUGAGUAGAGGAUUCUGAAGUUAUUUCCAUUAAUAUUGAUAUGGGAUUCAAAAGUUUCAAUGAAUUUGAUUUGCUUUAUUUUUAAUUUUUAAUUUUCUUUGAAUUGGUUUUGUUUUUCUUGAUUUUUCAUUGGUGGAUAGUCAACAAUGCUGCUCAUUUGAUCAAUUUCUUUUCUUUUUCUUGUUAAAAAAAAUAGUUAUACUCCCAAUCCCCCGUAUUGUCUCCAAAUAGAAAGAUCCAUUUCUUUCGUAUCACUUAUUAAUACGUUUGGUUGCUGAUAAAAUAGAAUCUCAAAAAGAAAAAAAAGGUUGUAUUAAGCUUCCAGUGUAUUUGUCCCAACUGAUAAAAAGUCAGUUUUAUUUUAAUUGAAUCUCAUUUUCUUCUUAAUCAUAGUUGUGAAACAGGGCUUGAAGGCCAGAGCACUUCAGCUUCUGAUUUUGAGCUCAAAGAAAACAUUAGUCACAAAUACAAUACCCGGUUGUCCCAUAGGUUUUUCUUUGUUAUAAUCACCAUGUACAUGGAGAAUGGAGUUAGCAGUUUCUGAUUUGUUAGUUUUUUCUAGAUGAAAAAACUCACUGCAAACAGUGAAAUUACUUGCGUAUUGUUAUCUAUUAAAUUCUGAUGUCUUUUUAAUGCCUGGAAAAGAAAAUUCCUUUGGAAAAAUUGGUAUCCCUCACCGGACGCCCUUUAAGAAUAGGGUGGAGCAUGACGUCUGGCAUUCAAGACUCCCUGGGAAUGUGGGUAACUUACCUAUAAAUAUAUAUAUAUAUAUAUUUAUAUUUAUCCUCAAAAUACAUUUAAAAGAUACUAAGUAUGUUGUGGAAAGGGAAAAUCUACUCACCUCAACUGUUAUGAAAAAAACCAUCAAUUCAGUUUCCAAAAAGAAGUCACAAAUGCUGUAUCACUCCUUAGAAGUUUGAACUUAAGCUAGAUGCUCAUAGAAAGCUUCUAAACAAUACUCCACAGUUUUUCAGAUGUUUAUUCAACUUAACUGAUGCCCAGAUAAAAUUUUCACAAUCUUUUAUUAAUAAAAUGAGUAAUUUUAAAUCGGCAAGCAAAGAGUAUAGGGGGGAGAGACUAGAGGUUGGUAUCCUCUAUUUGGGCAUAAGCAUUGUAUCACUCUAACCCAUUGUUGAGCUCCUAGAUGGCGUGGAGCUAUAAACGCUCCCUCGAGAUGGACUCGAGACAUAACUUGACCCCAGCUCCACAAGGGCAGAGUGUACUCAGCCACUGAGCAGAGAUAGUGGGCAUGAGGCUCAUGGAGACUUGAACACGUGACCUCUCAUCCACCCAACCACAUAAGAGGAAUCUGAUGGAAGACAAAAAAUUGGAUUUUUAUCAGCCAAUUUUAUCUGUGAGGAGGGUUGCAUCAACAGCAGUAUCCACACAAUCUGACAACAUAAGGACCACUGAUAAUUCAUCCCCUAAAGUACCUCCCCUUCCUUUUUACAAGUCAGAGUUAAAAUCAGGUCCAGUGAGGAACCCAGGAACUGUUCCUUUUGUCUGGGAGAAAACCCCAGGAAGACCCAAGAAUGAAAGGAAAGCACUAACUGUUGGUCUCGAGAGGCCUCAUAUUGCUCCAAAGCUUCCACCUGGGAGGGUUUCAAUUGUCAAACAGCAGGAUUUUGCUGAAGGUUCUAAACCUACAACUAUUACUCAGUCCAAAACAGAAAGUGUCCUUUCCAGGUCUCAAUGUGUUUCAUCUUUGGAUGAAAAUGUGACCAAAUAUGAAAGCUCCAAAGAGAAGAUAGAGGGGGAGGGUUUUGGUUCAGAGCAAGGUGAUGACGCCUAUAUGGAUGCCCUUGACACAAUUUCUAGGACAGAAUCAUUUUUUAUGAACUGCAGCAUUAGUGGGUUGAGCAGCUUGGAUAGUCAAGAUGUCAAACCAUCUGGAACGUUCACGAUGGAUCCACAAACUCGGGAUUUCAUGAUUGGUCGCUUCUUGCCUGCAGCAAAGGCAAUGGCUUCUGAAACACCCCAACAUGCUACUUGGAAGCAACCCGUUCUACAAGAACAACUGAGACAGGUAGAGAAGGCAGUGGCUAGGGAUAAACAUGCUCCGCAUAAUGAGAAUAAAACAAAUGUUGUGUCAUGUCAAUCCCAUGAUAUAGGUGUGGAAGACAGUGAAGAUGAAGCUUAUAAUUAUGAUGGAUCUGAAAUUUCAUCAGCUAGAGUUUGUGGCUUAUUUCCUAGGUUUUGCUUAAAAAGUUCCUUUUGCAUUCUAAAUCCUGUACCGGGGAUGAGCAUGCAGAGAGGGGUACCCAUUUCUUCAGUCCGUACGGUGAAGGCAAAACCUUCAUAUGCUGGUUCUUGCAGUGACUCAGAAAAGGAGCAUGCUGAGGAUGGUGCACAUGAGCAAAGAUUGCUAGGUGGAUGUCGAGCAGAUGAAUUCCAUGAAAAUAAGACUGCAGUGAAAAGUGAAUCCAAUCAAACUGCUCAUAAAAGUGACUGUAAGAAACCAGAUGAAUCACCUUUGAACAAGCGUUUUCAGGGUAAUGGCAUGUCGAUCUUCCAGAAUGAAUCUUUCCUAUCUCUCCAUGAAGAAAAAGGUUUUCUUGGUCUUUCUGAAAAAACCAAGAAUUCCAGGGUGAAUGGGUCAGAUUCGCACAGAAAAGGCCAAACCAAUUUUCGAGAGUUAUUGGUCAAUGAGAGUACCGAAUGGGAAUCAGGUUCUACAAGCCCAGUAGAGAAAACAGUCUAUGUUGACUCUGUACAUAUAGUCAAAUCUCGAAAUUCAAAUUUAAGUUUUCCAAAUUUGCGAGGCUUAUCCGAUAAAGGAGAGGAUGAUUUUGGGAUUAUUGGAAAAAGUAGUGUAAUGGAAAAAAGUUCUUGCGUAGAUUCUUCACCUCAAGAUUUCAAGCACUUUGGUGUUGGGGAUGGAAAUGCAAAAGUGCAACCUGAAAGUUCAGACUCUAUUGAUGCCUUUUUUCUGUCUUGUUCUGACAGAUUCAAUCCUGAUAGGCAAAUGGAACUCAUGAAUGAUUCCAAACAGUCUCAGGAUCUUAUUCUGGAUUCUGCUACAUUGAUCGGACAAAAAGUGGUUGAUACUAAGGAAGUUGAUUUACACAGCCAGCAGCCAGUAAAAUCAGUUGAUCCUGAAGGACCUCAUGGCCUUACUCGGGAUUAUGUUACAGUGACAAAUUCGAAAGUGGCUGACAGUUGGAAGAUUAGUUCAGAAAACCGACAGCCUAAGAAAUCUUGUACUCGAGUAAGUUCUGCUGGCCAGGAUUCUGUCACAUUUGCAUGCUCAAAAGUGGGUGAGAAAAUUAAUUUAGAAAGCCAACGGCCUAAGAGAUCAGGUGAACAAGAAAGUUCUCAUGGCAGUUAUCCACGCCUUCCUCUUGGCCCACCUUUACCAAAAUCUCCAUCUGAGUCUUGGCUAAAGCGCACUCUGCCUACCCUUUCCUCAAGGAAUUUACCUUCAAGCUCUUCUCUUGCCAUGUGCAUUAAUACUAGAAACCAAGCUUCCAAGACAACCUCUCUUGAUUCCAACUGGGAAAGACUUGUUAAAACUUCCAACACACACCAUGGGCAUUUGCGGUUCUCUGAGGAAUUACUGGCACCUAUACCUGAAGGUUAAAAACUUGGAAGCCUUCUCCUGUCCAUGCAUCCAUACAUUUGACUGGAAUGUACAUCCUUUGAUGGUGUUGAGGAUUAUCAGAGUCAUUUCUUUUCCUGGUCAUUUAGUUUCCUCUUUACUAGGUGUUCCCUUUUUGGUUCCUAUACUCGGAAGUCAGUAUAUAAUGAUCGCAUAACUGUAAAUCAACAUCCCCAUUUCUUCCUGUGAUAAGAAACUUCAACUUGCUGCUCUCGUAAAUCUCAACAAUUUGUUGAACUUAUACAAAAGUUUGUUCGAUCCUAUAA